AUGUCCACCUACCCUUACCACCACGUGAUCUCAUCAUCAAACUAUAUGGUGUCUUCCGAUCAUUACCAAAUUCAUCACCAGCAGCAGCAACAGCAACAGCAGCAGCAGCAACAGCAACAGCAAAAUAACCAUUUUGCUACUGUCGCUGCCGCAGCUAGCAACUCGGUUCAUUCUAUUCCUCAAAUGAACCGCUCUAUGCAACAGCAACAAGCUUCUGCUCUUCCUUCCAUGUCUCAAAAUAACCUCCCUUACCCCUCACCUUACGCUCCUCCUGCUCCUCUUGCUCAGAAUUACAGCUACAGCCAACCAGCUCCAAUCAACCCGUAUAUUCCCCAGCAGCAGCAGCAGCAACAACAGCAACAGCAACAGCAACAACUUGUUCCUCUUCCUCAACAGCCUCCUCAACUUCCUCUGCCGCAACAACAACAACAACAGCAGCAGCAACAGCAGCAACAGCAGCAACAGGCCCAGAGAUUGCCCUCCCUCACUCAAGCCUCCCGUCACUCGUCUUACAAUGGACUCCCUGACAUGAGCUCUUACCAAUACAAUAACUCUUACCAGCUUUCUUACCCCAAGAAGGCUAUGAGCUCUUCCUCUUCGGCCAGUUUAUCUCAAUCACAGGUUGGCUCUUAUUCACUCAACGGUACCACAUUUUACGUUCCAAGUGUGAAUAAUGUUCCUUUUGAUAAUGGUGACUUUAUUACUAGAUCCCAGCAAUAUGCUUACCAGCAAAAGCAACAACAGCAACAUCAACAACAGCAGCAGCAACAACAACAACAACAACAACAACAAAAGUACUCUCAGCAGCAACAACAACAGCAUUACUCUAAUUCUUCCAACAACAAUCCUAAUGAAGGUAUUGUUACUGGAGGUGUUGCUGCCAAGCUCGACUAUAAUCUUGAGGAAAUGUCGCAAUUUAUUGCUGUCAAGGCUUUGGAAAUCAUGACUAGAUAUACUUACAAGGCCAAUCUUUCUACCAAGAGUUUUGUUGAUGCUUUUACCAAGUUUACUUUCCAAGUCUUGACUGCGACAAGACUUCCAAAGUCGACCCUUAUUCUUGCUCUUGUUUACCUUUCGGACAGAUGGUCCCGUGGCGGCAUUCCUGACACCCAGUCGCCUAUUCACGAGGUUUACAAGAUGCUUGUUGUUGCUCUCCUUCUCGCCAAUAAGUUCCACGACGACAAUACUUUUACUAACAAGUCGUGGCACGAGGCUACCGGCGUUCCUGUUUCCGACUUGAGAAUUAUUGAGGCUGACUGGCUCCGCGCCAUUCAGUGGAACCUCAACCUUAAGAACACUGCCGGUUGGAACGAUUGCCACAAGGAGUAUCGUAACUGGAUUGCCAAGCGUCGCGAAUCAGCCGCUGCUGCUGCUGCUGCUGCUGCUGCUUCUGUUGCCUCUUACUCCUCCAUUUAUCCUUCUCCUUCUCGCUCAUCUUAUCCCAUUAGCCCUGCUUCUUCUCCCAAGUCUCGUGCCAUGUCGAAUGAGAAGGCUCGCUCUCUUUACUCGAGUCCGCCUAAUCUUUCGUGCCCUCCUAACCUUUCGUACUCUUACUCGAAAUGGUAUCCUAAUGGCAAUGGCUCCAAUACCAAUAACAGCUAUUCUGCUGUUGCUCCUCCUGGUACACUCCCCCCAUCCUUGUCUUCAUCGUCACUUGCUAGCACUAUGUCUCGUUCUAGCUCUAUUUCGACACUCGCAACUCCUCCAUCUUCUCGUGGUCUUUCAUACAAUUCUUAUUACAUGUCUGCUGCGCCUCAGCACCCUUAUGGAAAUGCAAAUGAAAAUAUGUAUCACCGUCUCCACCCUGUUUCAUCUUACUACACUACUGAUUAUGCAGGUGGGAUGAGUUGCAACUGUUCAAACUGCAACAACAAUGAUGUUCACAAGAUGUCUUGGGGUGGAUAUACCUACGCAGCUGCUUGCUAA